CCUCCCGCCACUCUCUCUCUCUUCUCUGUAAUUAGUAUACCUUACUGAACCACUCAUCAAAUCCUCUAAUGGCGAAGGAAUUGAACGACGCAGAGUUUUGGCUUCCGCCGGAGUUCCUAACCGACGACGAUAUACUCAUGGACUAUAAAUCUACCACAACAAACAAGGUUCCAGACUCUGCAGGUUACAUUCCUUUCGAUUUUUCAUGCUCUGGAUUGACUUCGCCUGAAGUUGAGAGUGAUGAGGAGGAUUAUCUUGCUGGAUGGACUCGGAAAACCGCUCAGAUUAAGCUUAAUGACAUGAUUUGGAAGUCGGACACGAAUAAGGUUUCAGCUAUGGCUGGCUCGCCUCAAUCUACUCUAUGUAAGUUCUUAGGCGGUUGCGGUUGUAAGAGUCCUAACUGUCCUUCGCGAGUUUCGUCGCCUUCGCCGCCGCCGGCGGCGAAGGCUAAUCGAAGCGACGGCGAUCAGGAUCUGCUUGCUUCUGCUGCUGGUAAGGUAGCUAGGUUGAGGACGUUUGAAGAUAUGAAUGGAUAUUAUCAGAACGUUGCUCCAUCUUGUACUGGAUUUUAUCCUAAUGAAUCUCUUUCUUAUAAUCAAAUCCAGGUCGCUCAGUUUCAACAACUGAAUCAUCAUCAUCAGCAACAGCAGCAGCAGAUGUUGAAUCAACAAGCCUUAACCAAUAGGUACCAUCAAAGUGACAAAGUGAUGAAUAAUAACAACCGUCUUCUCGGAUUACCUCCAUCCGCUUGGCCGACUCUUCAACAAUCGCAACAACAGCCGCCGCCGAGUUCUGUUAUGAGAGCAAUUUUCGUCGGAAACAAUGGCGUUAAACGUGAACGUGCCGGAACUGGUGUGUUUCUUCCCCGGCAGGUUUCAACCCCAGCUGAAAUCCGAAGGAAACCAAGUAGCAUUUUGCUUCCGGAUCAAGUCUUUAAAGCUCUGAACCUGAAUGUGUAUGAGAAUAUCAAUGUUCAAUCCCAGUUUCCGUCUCGCCCAGCUAAUGAUUACAGUCUGAAAAACCCACAUCAGGCUUCUGCUGCUGCAAGAAGUAGCCACCAUGAAAUCCAGCUUCCUCAAGAAUGGACCUACUGAAGAAGAAGAAGAAGGGUUGAUUGAUUAUAGGUAUAGAAAGAAGUAUUUGUUGAUUGGAUAAAGGUAUUGGUUUGUUUGUUUGUUUGUUUGUUUGUUAAUGGCGAUUCCAAGAUUAGGGCAUACAGUAGAAGGGAUGAUACAAUCAAUAGAGGAGGAAGAAGAUGAAGAAAAGAAAAUGGUGGGUGUGUUUGGUUUAGGGUUUAGAAGAUACUAUAAAAUACAAAUAAAGGAGUGGGUUUGUUUUAAAGAAACAAACAGGUUCAUUAGGUUUUGGGGAUUGAAGUUUGGGUUUUAAGAAUAAAGGUAGUGUAGUGUGUUUGUGAUAUGUUUCCUUCUUCUAAUACAAAGGUUUGUUAAUUACUAUUAUUGAUUAUUUCAUUAAUUAAAUUAAAUUAUAUUUUAUUUGUACUUUACAUGGCAA